AUGUCAGCGGCAGACGCGGCCGCAGGAGAGCAGCUUUAUGCAACGCUUCUCUUGACCGACUCCUAUCUGCCAGGCGCGCUGGUCCUCGCUCACUCGUUGCGCGAUGCCGGCACCACCAAAGAGCUCGCGGUCCUCGUCACGUUGGACUCUGUUUCGGCCCAGGCCAUCACCCAGCUCAAGGUGAGUUUGGCUGAUGCCACGAGCCAGACAGUCGCCGCCCGCGGCUCCCUGGACCUGCUAUUAACGAGAGUGCGAUUUUGUCAGGCUGUCUACGACUACGUUCUUCCCGUCCCAAGAAUUCGCAACGACCAGCCCGCCAAUCUGCAUCUGAUGAACAGGUCUGACUUACACUCAGCCUUCACCAAGAUCAACCUCUGGAAGCAAACUCAGUUUUCCAAAAUCGUCUACAUCGAUGCCGACGUAGUGGCCUACCGAGCUCCAGACGAGCUCUUUGAGCUGCCUCAUGCCUUCUCCGCCGCUCCGGACAUUGGAUGGCCGGAUCUGGUCAACACUGGUGUCAUGGUUCUUGCUCCAAAUAUGGGUGACUACUAUGCCAUGCUGGCCAUGGCCGACAGAGGAAUUUCGUUUGAUGGUGCAGAUCAAGGUCUAAUAAAUAUGCAUUUCAAACACAGCGUGAAUCGCCUAUCCUUUACGUACAAUGUCACGCCAUCCGCCCACUACCAGUACAUUCCUGCGUAUCGUCAUUUUCAAUCCAGCAUCAGCAUGGUGCAUUUCAUCGGCGCUAACAAACCUUGGUUCUCCGGCCGCAACGCUUCCCACGGCAAUACUCCCUUCGACGAAAUGGUCGGCCGUUGGUGGGCCGUAUACGAUCGCCACUAUAGAGCACAGGAGUCCCCUACUCAACAACCCAGUCUUGAGCAAAGUUCAGGUGGACACCGAGGCCGAGGCACCGUAGACGCAGCCGUCUCGUCGGCAAACCCCUCUGCAGACUUGCUUCCAGGACGUAACGACGACACGAACACAAGCCGGGCGUACAUUGGACAGGCAACUAAGACCGAGGCGUCAACGCAUCUUCACGGUCCGGUCCAUGUCGAGGCUCCUCGAAGUUCUGCCAGCCAAAGUCCGUCGCAGGAAACCCCAGUGUCCAUGCAUAGUAGUUGGGACGCCCAAAGGCAUCCUCCGCCACCCGGCUCAAAGCCAGAGGCGAUGGAUUUCCCGUCAACCCACUACGAGAUGUCACGAGAUACGAAGCCUUUCAUCCCCCCGGUACGCUAUCCAAGUCCGCCCAAGAAUAUGUGGUACGAGGUUCCAAAAGAACCGCCAUCGCCAUCAAUCAAGAUGCCAAGGCAAAUAUUCCCAUGGGAAGCCCGUCAACCCGUCCCAUCGCGCACUUUCACUGCCGCAGCAGUAUACGAACCAAUUGGGGCACUACAAUCAGGCGAGUCGGGUGAUCACCAUCAAGAGCCAGUCCCUCCAGAUGCGCCUGCCACGGUCCCCGAACAGCCUGCAGCGGAAUCCUCUGAGAGUGACGUGACGGCCCGACUUGCUCCAGCACAUGAGACUAGUCCUGGUUCGUCGGCUCCUACGGAUCCCUGGAGUUCUUACUCGCGAGUCAACGCUUGGGAUGAUGUGCCUGGAAUCAGCCGAUACGUCGACGGAUUGCAGCGACAUCGUCGAACAGGAGGGCCGAGUAGUGGUACCACCGCGACAUCCACAGUGCCCAAAGCAUCAGGUGAAGCGUUGCGGAUACCAAAAGCCUUGAAACUGACGGACUUUCCGACAGAACUGGAGCGCCCGAGCUUACCAGUGACACCAGCACCGAUCAGGCGUACGUCACUGCGGGGAGGCCCUGACGAACCCCUCAACUCAGCAGAAGAAGCCCAGUUACUUCCAAUGGCUGAAGGUGUUCCGUCACAGUCCGAAUGGGAUCCGGCCGCCCGGCUACAAUUGCUAGCCCGGCAACAAUCUGAAGCGUUGCUCCGGAGACUAAGCGGCGAUGAUGAUGUGCCAGGAAGAAUGGCAGGCCACGGAAUCCCAUCGAGACCGCUGCCUUUUGGAUCCGGGCCUCGCCAUUCACCGACAUACAUCGCACAGUCUGCUUCUACAAGCGUCUUAAGCCCGCAGCCUGUACAAGGGAAGCCUCCAACAGCUGACAUCGUCGCCAAAUUGGUUGACCGUGAUGACGCAUACCCAGGAAGCAUGACCAAAGAAGGCAGCCCGGCUCCUCCGGUAGACGUGGGAGAAGGUGAAUAG